GCGUCUCGAGGCGACUUCGGCCCGCUCGUCGACCUCCUCCGGACCGGCACCGACGGCGCCAAGGAGUGGGCCGCGGGGGCUUUGUGGAACUUGGCUCUGAACGCCGACAACCGGGUCGCCAUCGCCAAGGCCGGCGCCGUGGACCCGCUCGUCGACCUCCUCCGGACCGGCACCGACGGCGCCAAGGAGCGGGCCGCGGGGGCUUUGUGGAGCUGGGCUGGUCAGAACGCCGACAACCAGGUCGCCAUCGUCAAGGCCGGCGCCGUGGAUCCGCUCGUCGACCUCCUCCGGACCGGCACCGACGGCGCCAAGGAGCAGGCCGCGUGGGCUUUGUGGAGCUGGGCUGGUCAGAACGCCGACAACCAGGUCGCCAUCGCCAAGGCCGGCGCCGUGGAUCCGCUCGUCGACCUCCUCCGGACCGGCACCGACGGCGCCAAGGAGCGGGCCGCGGGGGCUUUGUGGAGCUUGGCUGUUCAGAACGCCGACAACCAGGUCGCCAUCGCCAAGGCCGGCGCCGUGGAUCCGCUCGUCGACCUCCUCCGGACCGGCACCGACGGCGCCAAGGAGCGGGCCGCGGGGGCUUUGAAAAACCUC